AUGUCCGCCACGACACUGCUUCAGAAGGCGGCGGAGAUGGGCGCCACCUCGUCAAGCUCCUCGUUCCUGCGUGGGCUGGGCCCGGACAUCUCAUCGUCGUCGCCGGCGUCGACGUCGUCAGGUCAGCAUCAACAGCAGGAGCACCACCACCAGGAGCCCAUGCAAAUGCAGUUCCUGGAGGGGUCUCUACAACAAUGGUUGUCGCGGUUGGAGCCUGAGCCAACUCCGAUGAUGUCGGCCGGGCUGGGACUCGGGUUACCAUACGACUCUACCGGCGGUCUGAUGGGGUUGCCGGAGCUCAUGAUGGGCCAGUCAUCACUGUUCAGCGCCAAGCCGGCCACGCUGGACUUCCUGGGGCUCGGGAUGAGCCCCACCGGUGAAACGACGAGCAGGGGCCUCCCGUGUUCAUGCAGCCCAUGGGCGGCGUGGUCGGCAUGGCCCGGACUGGCGGCGGCGCGACAGAGACGUUCGGCUCCGGCCCGAGCGCUCAUGCCAAGCCGUGGGAGAGGAACCCGAGCAGCUCGCCGAUCCUGUGAAAGGACUGUUGGGCAGUAUCAACACGUAGCACAUCAGCUGUAA